AUGUUGCUAUCUCUCUUUCUCUCCUCUGUGCUUCUUACUUGGGACACUGCAACCGCAUUCACUUUGCCGUUUCCGUGGCCAUGUUGCACAUCAACUACCACAUUCACCUUGUCCGGAGGCUAUACCGUCACCAGAACUGAGACGGUGACCACGAUUUCAAUUGACACUGUGUCUACUACAAGUUAUGUGCCCACAGCCAUCAAUUGCUUGCCUACAGCGACAACCAUCAAGCCAUAUCCUUUUGGCAUACCUUUGGAAGAACGUGACGCUGCUUCUGCAGCUGGUAUAGGUUGCAGCCCGAUCACCAUCAUACCGCCCUCGAUCACAGGGUUUCCAUGCACCGAAGUGGUAGGAUCGUUUGAUAUAGUAACUGAUACCGAAACAAUCACCACCAGCGGUAUUGCUACUCAAACCAUCACACCCACCAUUGUUGAAACCGUCACCGAAACAUGGAUCCUCCCGACUCCAAGCAUCUACAGAGGCGUAAACUACUACCAAUAUCUGAACGACUACUUCUACCCGGACGGUGACAAGGGUUGCCGGACCUGCGGUUACGGCGGUGGAGGCUACGAGACUUCAGACUGGAACGGCAAUUACAGCUAUUACACCAACGGCACCACUCAGCAGAUCAAUUUCGAGUCGGAGAACUAUCCUAGUUACUCCACAAUCUUGUGUCAGUUACCCAGCCAAGCUGCGGCCACUGAUUGCUCGCAAUGGACUGUCGUAUUCCAGGGCUAUCUCCACGCCACUCAAACGGGAAAUUAUACUGUAGCCCCAUAUCUUGGCGAGGAUAACGCUCUGUUCUUCUGGGGCGGAGAGAAAGCGUAUAGAAGCUAUGCGAAUAAUAACACCGACGGUGGAGUUAGUUAUACUCAGCCGGCUGGUCUUCCGCAUACGUUCAGUUAUGAGAUGGUGGCAGGCGAAUUUUUGCCCAUUACGUUUAUUUAUGCCAAUGGAUAUGGGCCGGCGCUGAAUCGGUUGACUAUUACGAGUCCGAAUGGGACUACGUAUCCACAGGAUCUAGGCUUUUUUGUGCCGCCGUGCCCCGACAGUCCUUUCGUGCCAUAG